AGCACUGCCCGUGCUGGGUCGGGGGCGGCUGGAAGGUUUUGGGGGGUCCGGAAACCUUCGUCACCGUGUCCCCCGCAGAUGCUGUGACAGCCAUGUCGGACGAGAAGCCCCCGCAGCUCGUGGACUAUUUCGUGGUGGCCGGGCUGGCGGGGGGGGGGGGGGGGCUGGAGGAGGAGCAGCAGGCGCGGCCGGCGCGGCCCGGGGAGCCCAUCACGGACGUGGCCGUCAUCAUCCGCUCGCAGGGCGAGGAGGUGCCGCAGGGCUUCACGUGCAUCGAGACCAGCACCUCGGGCCACCCCGUGGAGCUCAACGCGGGGCUGCUCAACAACCCCCAGAUGUUCCUGUGCUACAAGCGCGGGCGGGACAAGCCGCCCCUGAUCGAGCUGGGGGUGCACUAUGAGGGCAAGGACCGCCCCAAGCCGGGCUACCAGAUCCUGGAGGGGGGGGGGGGGGGGGGGGGGGGGGGGGAUACCACGCCCUACAGCCGCUCGGCCAAUCUGGCCGCGGGCUCCCCGGGCCACCAGCGCACCUUCCUGACGUUCCGGCGAGCGGCCGAGCCCCCGGGCCACCACACGCUGGGCGUCACCGACAUCUGCCUGGUGAUGCCCAGCAAGGGCGAGAGCACCCCCCACACCUUCUGCCGCGUGGACAAGAACCUCAACACCAGCAUGUGGGGCCCUGCACUGUUCCUGUGCUACAAGAUCGCCGUGGCCAAGGACAACACGCUGGUCUACGAGGCAGGGCUGCUGAGCCGCUACCCCGAGCAGGACAGCGAGUCCUUCCCGCUGCCCGAGUCAGUGCCCGUGUUCUGCCUGCCCAUGGGGGCCACCAUCGAGAGCUGGCCCGUGGGCACCAAGUACCCCCUGCCCGUCUUCUCCACCUUCGUCCUCACCGGCGCCUCGGGGGACAAGCCCCGCAGCGGGGCCAGUUUCCUGACGCUGCUGCAGAACCUGGGUCCCGACAACGCGGUGGCGCUGCUGGUGGCCGUGCUCACCGAGCAGAAGCUGCUCAUCCACUCGCUGCGCCCCGACGUCCUGACCAGCGUGGGCGAGGCCCUGGUGGCGGUGAGUGACCGCAGGGGACACUGCGGGGACACCGUGGGGACACACCGGUUCCUGCGCUCCCGGGACCGGGCGUACCAGCGUUUCUACGGGCAGCUGCUGCGCACGCAGCUCUUCACGCAGUUCAUCGAGGACUGCUCCUUCGCCAGCGACCGCGAGCCCUGCCUCGAGUUCUUCGACACCUGCGUCGACAAGGUGGGUCCCUGGGUCCCCUCCCCGUAUGACGGGUUCCCUGUGCUGUGCCCCGAGCUGCUGGAGCCGCCCCGGGACCCGCUGGUGGCUCAGCUGUGCCAGGCCCGCAGCAGCGCCCCGAGCAGCCCCGCCCCACGGCGCACCAAGCAGGAGAUGAAGGUGGCCCAGCGGGUGGCCCAGAAGUCGUCGGCGGUGCCGGAGCUCUGGGCUCGCUGCCUGCUGGGCCACUGCUACGGGCUGUGGUUCCUGUACCUGCCCACGCACGUGCGCGCCGCCCCCGCCAAGCUGCGCGCCCUGCAGCUCGCCUACGACGUCCUGCGCAAGAUGGAGCAGCACAAGGUGGUGCUGCCCGACGAGGUGUGUUACCGCAUCCUGAUGCAGCUGUGCGGGCAGUACGGCGAGCCCGUGCUGUCCGUGCGCGUCCUGCUGGAGAUGAAACGCGCCGGCAUCGUCCCCAACACCGUCACCUACGGCUACUACAACAAGAGCUCAGGUUUGGGGGCAGAAGGGUUUGGAGUCAGAGCCCAGUUUGGGGAUGUCAGAGCCCCGUUUGGGGGGUCAGAGCCCGAUUUUGGGGGCUCAGGGCCGCACUGCCCCCGCCAGGUGCUGCUGUCCAGCUGCUCGCGCUGCCCGGGCUGUGCCGCGCUGGUGUUCGACGAGGAGCUGAUGGCCGGCUGGACCUCGGACGACUCCAACCUCAACACCUGCUGCCCCUUCUGCGGCCGCUGCUUCUCGGGGGUCCCCCGUGUCCCCCCACCCGCGCAGCCCCCGGGGCGCCGGGAGCGCGUGGCCUUUGCCUACGUGAGCCCGCUGGUGCUGCGCAAGGAGCUGGAGAGCCUGGUGGAAAACGAGGGCGGGGAGCUGCUGGCGCGGCCCGAGCUGGUGGACAGCCACCCCAUCAUCUACUGGAACCUG